UUGGAGCAUGCGCACCAGUCGAACCAAACUGGUCAGGUUACAUUGAUUCAUUGACGCUUCAGAAAUUAUUCAACAUGUAAAAAUGCAUUAAGUAUUCAAAAAUUGAAUUAAUUUGAAAUCUGAGAGACGGGUUCUUAUUUUUUGAGAAGAAAAUGUCGACUGAUUUCUAUAUACGUUACUACGUUGGCCACAAAGGAAAGUUCGGUCAUGAGUUUCUGGAGUUUGAGUUUCGACCCGACGGCAAAUUGAGGUACGCCAAUAACUCUAAUUACAAAAAUGACACCAUGAUCCGAAAAGAAGCCUACGUUCACCAAUGUGUAAUGGAGGAAUUGAAACGAAUCAUUCAGGAUUCCGAGAUCAUGCAGGAAGAUGAUUCUCUCUGGCCUCAGCCGGAUCGCGUUGGGCGCCAAGAACUUGAAAUCGUCAUUGGGGAUGAACACAUCUCAUUUACAACUUCCAAAACGGGAUCUCUUCUGGAUGUGAAUCAAUCAAGGGACCCUGAAGGACUUCGAUGUUUUUAUUACCUUGUACAAGACUUGAAAUGUUUGGUCUUUUCACUUAUUGGGCUCCACUUCAAGAUUAAACCAAUAUAAAUUGUUUUGUAUGCUAAACUGAUUUUUGUAUAGAUGAAGUACAUUAUUAAUAUGUUGGACAAAGUUAUGAAUGUUUUUGGAAGAUGUCGGUUUUUCGAAGAUCAGUGCAAGUAUGAUUCAAUGAAAUGCUUAAUUCUAAUCUCCGUUUCAGACGUUCUUUAGAAAUGUAACGACAGUUACUAAUGUGUCCGAAAUAAAGUGAUAUCUUGAGU